CGCGCUCCCGAGUCUCCUCCGGGCCGCUCGCUGCUCCGACAGGCAUUCGUACGUUACACAAAUAGCCAUCCUCGUUCCCUUGUCCUGUGACCAUCACCACCAGCCCUCGUCCAGUCGCCGGCGGCGUACGUGUAUCGACCAACGACCUGUAGAACAGAUUGAGGACACAUGGACAUGGCGGAGGAGGAGGCGGCGGCAGGAGCAGGAGGCUCAUCGUCAUCAUCGGGGAAGCCGGUGAUGGUGGUGGGCAUCGACGACAGCGACCACAGCUACUACGCGCUGAACUGGACGCUGCAGCACUUCUUCGUCGCCGGGCAGCCGCAGCAGUACCAGCUGGUGGUGCUCACCGCCAAGCCCCCGGCGUCCUCCGUCAUCGGCAUCGCCGGCGUGGGCUCCGCCGAGCUGCUGCCCAAGGUGGAGACCGACCUCAAGCGCUCCGUCGCCCGGGUCAUGGACAAGGCCAAGAAGCUCUGCACCGAGACCGAGGUGACCGACGUCGGCUACGAAGCCAUCGAGGGGGACGCCAGGAGCGUCAUCUGCGACGCGGUCGAGCGGCACCACGCCGAGAUCCUCGUCGUCGGAUGCCAUGCCUACAGCAAGUGGAAGAGGGCUGUCCUGGGGAGCGUGAGCGACUACUGCGCGCACCACGCGCACUGCACCGUCAUGAUCGUGAAGAGGCCAAAGCACAAGCACUGAGAUUUAUACUUAUGCAUGUACAUGUGCUCCUGGAUUCAUUGGAUGUCAAUUAGCUGCGCGUGCCAAACUUUUUCAAUUUUUUAACUAGCAAUAUUGUCGAGUAACUCAUCCUCCCAUAUCAUUUAGGUCACGAAACUCUUAAAAUGAUUAUUGUUUUUUGGAUC